CUUGAUUUCCCAAAGGAAGAUUGCGUUGGCGACCAAAACCACGACGUUCGCCUUUGAACCUAAUAAUACCGAGACCUUCGAAUAUCUAGCCCCUUGCUACUCGAUUUCUUUGGUGGAAAGUUCGAACUGUUGAUCGAGAGAAGUGCUGCUACUGUUCACUGUAUUGCAGUUGACGACAUCACCUUGUAUGAACUGUGGCCCCAAUACGAGCUGCGCAGAUGGUGCUUCACUGUCAAUAGCAGCAACAAGGCCAAAAGUUCAGACACCUCCGUCCUUCUCGUCCACUGUUUCCCUCCAGAAUCAAUACAGCAUUCACUCUUUCACACCAUGGCUCCAGACCUCAACUCUAUUCCACGAUCACCCCGCAACGGUCCCAACCCUCAGCACACCGUCCAUCCACCGUCCUCGCAAUCCGCCUCCCGACGAACGUCAACCCAGAUGCCACCUCCUCCCCUUCCACGAAGCGAGAGCAGUCUUCCUAGUUCUCCUCGACCCGCUCAAGCUACAAUGAUAGACAAUACGGGGGUUGGCAUUGGACCAGGACCGAUUAGGCAUCCGAGGCCGUUGACCGCGGCAGAACUGCACCUGGAACUAGAAAAGGAGCAAGAGAGUAUUGUCAACCGCCUCACCCGUGAGCUCUCGGCCCUGAGAGCACAAACCGCGUCGGUCGCCUCCACCACUUCCAGCACGUCAGACCACUUCUUCUCUUCCAGUGACCCGUACACAUCCACUGGCACAGGGACGACCAUCAUCCCUACGACAACGCGCCGGCACAGGAGCAGUUCCAACCUCUCCGCUCGAUCUGCCAGGAGUAUCCGUGACAACCUCGCCAGUGCAGGACAUACCAGUGUCUCCGGCGUCGCAGCCCCGCGAGAUCAGAGCAGCCGCCCGAGCAUGGAACUGACGCGUGAACGUCCCGACAUGAGCCGGCAGAACAGCAUGAGCACGAGCGUGUCGGGUCUGGGCAUGGGUUUCAGGAGCAGCAGUAUGACGGGUAGUCCCCAUCUGACGCAGCAGGGUGUCGGUUCGAACAUGAGCCCGUACUCCGCCGCUGGUGGUGGCUAUCCUCACCGUAGCAGCGUUUCUAGCAAUAACCAGGCUGCCAUCGCCACCAGCGUCGUGGGAAGCGAAGCAGGUACCGGCCACCCUCGGAGCCCCAGUGCAACGAAUACCGGUGGCGGAUCCAGCGCCGCGGCGGCAAUGAGAUACGAAGAAGCCGCACUCCAACGCGCCGAGUUGGAAGCGGUGAAACGGGAGAACGAGAUUCUGAGGGCGAGGGUUAAGGAGCUCGAGAAGAGUUUGAGCAAAGUCAACGAGUCGACGAGCGAGGCUGUUGGUCCAGCGGCCAGAAGUACACCGACGCCAUCAGCCCCGGCACCCUGACGUGACAAAGACAAAGCACUUGGUGGUCGAGAAUGUCUUUGCCUCUUCCUACUCAGGCGAGGCUAUGAUCAUCGGCGCACACCUUUGCAGCAGAGACAAAUCAGGGUCAGGAUCAGGACUUGGAACUCUCGGAGCCAGAGAAUGAAAAAAGGAAUUUGAUGAGAAAAACGAACGAGGGAACGACACAAUUGACCACGAAAGAAUUGGAUGAAUCAAAGAUUAAAAGAGACGAAGCCACGAACUGGAUUGAAUUGAAUUGCGAUGCGACGGGACGCAAUGGCGUUGGUGUUCCUGAUUGGGAGAAUGAAGAAAAAGGAGAACAAAAAGAGAAAACAAUCUUAGGUACACAAGGUAGGUAGGCAAUGAACCAUGCACGGUGUUACGGGGUGCUUGUUUUCGUAUUGUUUUGUCCCGGGGAGGGUUGCAGAUCAAGGGGUGGGAGGAAGUACUUCGUUCUGGAAGGAGAUGACUCCAAAGGAUAGCCUUGAGAUUUCAAAUAGAUGAAAG